AUGUCCUCCUAUGGGGAGAGUUUACCUGAUCAAGUCGAUCGCGUAGCUAGCCUAUCAGAUGCGCAAGCAGACCUAUUCGACGAUGUACGCGAGUUGUACCGUGAUCGCGCCGCGCUUGAGAAGGAGUAUGCCACGAAACUCCAAAUUUUGGCAAAGAAAGCCGUAGACAAGAAAGCUAGGAAGAUGGCUGCGGCUGUCGUGGGGGAUGAUCCUACAAAGGCCUGGAGUGAGGAGACGCUCGUUCAGAGCACUGUGGAAAACGCGUACGCUAAGAUCAUAGCAUCCACGCUCAAUACGGCUCAGCAUCAUAACGACGUUGCUGAGGCGCUCACCAUGCAAGUCAUCGGGCCACUCAUGGUACUCGACAAGAAGAACCAGGAUCAUAGGAAGAAGCUAGGAGCCUUCUACCAGAAACUACUCUCGGAUCGUGAUAAGGUCUUCGGCGAUCGUGCGAAGGCGAAAUCUAAGUACGAUGCUGAAUGCGAUGAAAUCGAGACGUAUCGAGCUAAGCAGGAUCGCGCUUCUGAUGACAAGCACGCGGAGCGCGCGGCUCGUCAAUUUGAGCAGCAGAAGGCUGAUAUGCUGAACGCCAAGAACGUCUACCUCAUCUCCAUUGCGACUGCGAAUCAGAUGCAGAAGCGCUUUUACGAAGUGGACAUACCGGGUCUAGAAAAUCAACACCAACUGUUACAGACCCACUUCUUGACAAACAUCGUCAACGUAUUGAAACACGCUCAAGAACUCCAGGCCGGCCACUAUGAUGCGCUAAAGGCCGAGGUAGUGGCUGCUGAAGGCACGUUGUCCGAAGUCAGCCCACCACGAGACCAGGCGCUAUUCAUCGAUCAUAAUACUCGGCCCUUCAUACUUCCUCGGGAUCUUUCCUUCGAGCCCUCUCCUGCACACUAUGAUAACGCUGACAUGAGUGUCGAGUACGCCCCGAAGGUGUAUUUGCAGAAUCGAUUGUCGAAAAGCCGCGCGAAGCUACAGGAGCUGAGACCGCUUCUUGAUGCAAAACGUCGAGACGCUGAGCAAGCCCGGAAGGUGCUUGAUGCUUACGAGGCCAAUCAUUCUCUUGGGAAUGCCGACGAGGCCAUGGAGACGUAUUUGGAAGCCUCUCAUCAGAUGACCUUGUUCGACGAGUCCAGAGCUGCCCUAGAGGAAGAGAUCAAGCUCAUACAGGAGACGCUCAAAGGCGAUGAAGGUUCCCAAAGUCCGCAUACGUUCAAGAGUUCUUCCUUUACCAUCCCGACGGAAUGCGCACACUGCCGGACCUCGAUUUGGGGUUUGAGCAAGCAGGGAAAGACUUGCAAGCUAUGCGGUAUCUCUGUACAUGCCAAAUGCGAGCUCAAGGUAGCCGCUGAUUGUACGCGUGUGCGUGGUGGGCAUAAGUCGAGACCUUCAGACGCUAGCGGGGUCUCACGCACUCAGAGCAUUAUGUCCACCAGCUCAAGUACACUGUCUAAACGUGGCAGUACUAUAGUCUCGAUGCCUACACCUACACCGUCAUCGUUCGGCCCGGAACCUCAAGGAGAAGAAGAACAACAAGCGCGUGCUCUCUUCGCGUACGCUCCCACGUCGCCGUUCGAACUCGGGGUCGAAGAAAACGCGAUCGUGUCCAUCCUUGAGGAAGACGAUGGAUCUGGCUGGGUCAAGGUUGCUGACGGCAAGGGAGGCAGGGGUCUUGUCCCGGCGUCUUACGUUGAAAUCGUGGGCAGUUCGCCCACGACGCCCCAAACGCCCGCAUUCAAGAAUCCAACGGGCGGCAAGACAGUUCGCGGACUGUACGAUUACGAGGCGCAAGGCCCGGACGAGCUGGACGUCGCCGAAGGCGGCAUCUUGCAAUUGACGCCCGGUGGCGAGAAUUACGCAGAAGGCUGGUGGGAGGGCAUCGAUGCGCAGGGGAAGAAGGGUAUUUUCCCGAGCAACUACGUCACCUUGAUCUGA